AUGGAUCUGAAUUCCUGCCUCCUCUCUCUGGGCUUCCUGGGGAUCUUUGUGUCGCCAGGCUGCUCGGGGGCUCAGGGAAAAUUUGCCUACAAGCUGCUCCAUGACUUGUUUGCCAACUACUCCAACGCUCUGCGACCGGUGGAGGACACGGACCGGGCGCUGAACGUGACCCUGCAGAUCACCCUGUCCCAGAUCAUCGACAUGGACGAGAGGAACCAGGUCCUGACUGCCUAUCUGUGGAUCCGGCAGGUGUGGGUGGACGCCUACCUGACCUGGGAUAAGGACGAUUACGAUGGGAUUGACACCAUCCGCAUACCUAGUAGUUACGUAUGGAGACCUGACAUAGUCCUGUAUAACAACGCCGACGACCAGUUCACGGGAUCCAUGGAGACCAACGUGGUGAUCCGCUACGACGGGCAGGUGAUGUGGGACUCCCCUGCCAUCACCAAGAGCUCCUGCAAGGUGGACGUCUCCUAUUUCCCCUUCGACGGGCAGCAGUGCCGACUGACCUUCGGCUCGUGGACCUACAACGGCAACCAGAUCGACCUCCUGAACGGGCUGGACACGGGCGACCUGACGGACUUCGUGGACAACGUGGAGUGGGAGGUGCUGGGCAUGCCAGCCAAGAGGAACGUCAUCAUCUACGGCUGCUGCUCGGAGCCCUACCCUGAUAUCACCUACACGCUGCUCCUCAAGCGACGCGCCUCCUUCUACAUCUUCAACCUGCUCCUGCCCUGUAUCAUGAUCUCCUUCCUGGCCCCGCUGGGCUUCUACCUCCCAGCCGACUCCGGGGAGAAGGUCUCCUUGGGGGUGACGGUCCUUCUGGCGCUCACCGUCUUCCAGCUGCUGGUGGCAGAGAGCAUGCCGCCCUCCGAGAACGUGCCGCUGAUCGGGAAGUAUUACAUCGCCACCAUGACCAUGAUCACGGCCUCCACCGCGCUGACCAUAUUCAUCAUGAACAUUCACCACUGCGGCCCAGGAGCCAAGCCCGUGCCCAAGUGGGCCAAGAAGUUCAUCCUGCAGUACAUGGCCCGGCUAUUCUUUGUCUACGAGGUGGGGGAGAGCUGCAAAAGUCCCAAACGACAACUGGGCCACCUGCCCACGGUCCAGGUGGUGAGCGGCAGGGCCACCAAGGAGGAGCAGAAAGCCCAGACAACGGAGGAGGACUCGGACGCGACGUACCGGGAGAAGUCUCCGCAGCAGGAGUUGCUGCCGCAGAAAUUCAGCAGUCCCUCUGGCCAGCAGGACUGGAAAGAGACCGGGACACAUACGAACCUAGAGUGCGGCCGGGAGGGGCAGCAGCACCAAGUCUGUGUGAAGAGCCCGUGCCUUUGCCACCACAACAGCCUGAUGAGGAACGUCGAGUACAUUGCCAACUGCUUCCGGGACCAAAAGGCGGCUCAGAAACGGAGCGGUGAGUGGAAGAAAGUGGCCAAGGUCAUGGAUCGCAUCUUCAUGUGGAUCUUCUUUAUUAUGGUCUUCUUCAUGAGCCUGCUCAUCAUGGCCAAAGCCAUCUGA